CGUGCGCGGGGCGGGACCGGGAGCGGCACCGGGAUCGGGAUCGGGAUCGAGAUGUGCUGUGAGCACUGGGAGCCAGGGGCAUUGCAGUCAUCCAGUCUGAGGGACCUGUGGUGAGUUGGAAAUCUGGACCAGCUUGGACUCUCUGUGGAACUCCGUGUAUGGGCUGUCUGCACCCUCUGGAGCUUCCAUCUCUCCCACGGUGGCACCUGGCACCUCUGGAUAAGGCUGUUGUUCAGAUCCUUAUAAAAAGAACUUAGGCCGUGAAAAUCCAGCACAAGCUGAAACAUAUAGCAAGAGAUUCAAAACCUGCUGGGACUUACAAGUUUUACAAACCAGGUUUCUGCAGAAGAGGAAGAAGGGGUUUCAUUCCCAAGAGCGGAUGUUGGGUGGCGUGUCACAGCAGGAGCCACCCUGUUAGAUGUCCUCAAGGUCUUUCCCAGGACAUGCCAGCUGGACACUGCCCUGUCCUGCCCAAGGGGACCUGACUAGUUCCUGCCCUGCCUGGAGCCCCGUGUCCCUGUGCUGCCACAACUUCCACGUUGUUCCUGUGCAAGCGGGCUGAGGAACAGCCGGGAGCCGGAGGGGCUCUGCCGCAGAAGGAGGUGCUUGGUGCCAGCCAUGUGCCCAGCUGGGUGGCACCCCCAGCCCCCCGACGCCGUGGGCCUGUCUCAGUAGCCCCCCCGGGCUCUGCUGCCCCGCGCCGUUGAUGUUGAGCGUGUUGUGUUUCAGGGUGCUGAGGAAGAUGCAGAGGCGGCACAGCAGCAACACGGACAACGCGCCUCCGGAAAGGAACCGGAGCCAGACGGUGAGUUCCGAGACCAGCGUGGAUGAGAGCGGAGUGUUCGAAAGCCUCAAGGCCGAGGCCUCCUCCCCUCAGCAGCUCUUCUCGGGGCUGGCCGGGAUCCCCUCGGGCACCAUCACGGCCGCGCCCUUCCAGUCGGGGCUGGUGCUGGGCUCCUCGGCGGGAGGCGGCGAGGUCUUCAUCCAGAUGCCGGCCCCGCGGGAGGAGGGGGCCGGCCGCGCCGAGGGAGCCCCGUUCCACCACCACCGCCAGCCCUCCCACCACUUCCACCACGGCCACCACCGCGGCUCCUCCCUGCUGCACAUGGCGGGGGGCGACCGGCACGGCCACGCCGAGGAGGGCCCGGACGAGCAGGGGGGCACCCCGGCCCCGGCCCUCUCAGAGCUGAAGGCCGUCGUCGGGUGGCUGCAGAAGGGGCUUCCCUUCAUCUUGAUCCUCCUGGCUAAAGUUUGCUUCCAGCACAAGCUUGGGAUUGCUGUGUGCAUUGGCAUGGCCAGCACCUUCGCCUACGCCAACUCCACGCUCCGAGAGCAGGUCGCCCUGAAGGAGAAGAGAUCAGUGCUGGUUGUGUUCUGGAUCCUGGCCUUUCUCACUGGAAACACCUUGUACUUGCUUUACACAUUCAGCUCUCAGCAGCUCUACAACAGCCUGAUCUUUCUGAAGCCCAACCUGGAGAGGCUGGACUUCUUCGACCUGAUGUGGAUCGUGGGCAUCGCAGACUUCGUGCUCAAGUACCUCACCAUCGCCCUCAAAUGCCUCGUGGUGGCCCUGCCCAAGAUCAUCCUGGCUGUCAAGUCCAAGGGCAAGUUCUACCUGCUCAUCGAGGAGCUGAGCCAGCUGUUCCGCUGCCUCGUGCCCAUCCAGCUGUGGUACAAAUACAUCGUGGGAGACGAUCCCUCGGGCAGCUACUUCCUGGGGGGAAUCCUCAUCAUCAUGUACAGCCUCUGCAAGUCCUUUGACAUCUGUGGCCGUGUGGGAAGUGUCAGGAAGGCACUGAAGGUCCUUUGCACCCCCCAGACCUACGGGGUCCGUGCCACCAGCCAGCAGUGCAGCGAGGCAGGAGACAUCUGUGCCAUCUGCCAGGCAGAGUUCAGGGAGCCUCUGAUCCUCCUGUGCCAGCACGUGUUCUGCGAGGAGUGCCUGUGCCUGUGGUUCGACAGGGAGAAGACGUGUCCCCUGUGCCGCUCGGUCACCGUGGAGACCCUGCGCUGCUGGAAGGAUGGCACCACCUCUGCCCACUUCCAGGUCUACUGACACAGGGCACCUCAUGCAGGGGAGAGGAAAAACCUGGAAAAUCACCCCCUGCCCCCCCGUUUAGCUGCCCUGUGUGUUUGUUGUCAGCCUUCCUCCCAGCUCUGUCCCUCCAGGAGCCAGCGGAACAGUCGUCACCGGCCGGGAACUCCGUCCUCAAAGGCAAGGAGAUGUGGUUUGUGCCUUGGCUGAGCUACAGCCGAGGAUUUUCCUGGAGCUGACAUGGUUGUGAACUGCCUGGGAUGUUUCCUGCUUCCCUGUCCUUUUAGUGUGGAUAAAUCCCAUGUGGACAAGGCAAGGGAAGCGUGGAUUUCAUGGCUAUGACCUGAUGUGCUGCAGCAAAGCUGUGCCCGGCUCGGGCCUCUGCUGAGGUGUCUCACGUUAUAUGGCCCCAGAUUCCCUGGAUCCACAGCUUUGUAGGAUGACACAGUGGCUGUUACAGAACCUCUGGGAACUCUUCCCAAGCAGGGCUUCAGAACCUCAUGUCCAAAAUGUCACGUGGGGCUGGAGAAAUGGCAUUUCCCACCAGCCACAUGUGUGCAUUUCCCAGCAGCCACCGAUGGCACAACUGUGGCUGCAAGUGUAAUAAAAUCAUUAAAAAGUCGGGAAAGACCAGGCAAGUGAAGCUGGGAAUUACAUUUAUUUUUCUUGGGAAUGUUUUCCCUUUUUAAUUUUCGUGGUGAGGCUUUGUGAUUUCCCAGUAUAUGAGGAGAACAGCGGGAGGCAGAGGGAGAUUGAAGUGACAGAAUCCUGGGAGUCGAGUUGGAUUUGUCUGGGUGAAAAAUCCAGCUCCUAACCAAGAGCAUCCCACAAACUGAGGGGUCUCUGCACCUGCUCCUGGGUGCAGCCACUCCAGGCCAGCCCCACUCGCAUCCAGGACCUGCCUGGGUCCCAGACCAGGAGAACUGGAGCUCCUGGAGGGAUCCCUGCGUUGGCAGGGAAUGAAGCCCUUCCUGUGGCUGAGGUGCUGCAGCAACAGGGAGCUGCUGUUUGUUCUGGAGCUUUCCCUGUCCCCAAAGCACCUCUGCUCCUGCUGCACAGCCAGGAAGUGCCUCCCUAGGAACUGUGGUGUUUUCCCAGCUCAUUGCCAUGGGAAUGGCCCGAGGUGAUGGUCCCAGCUGAGUGACAGUCCCAGCUGAGUGACAGUCACCCCUGAGCCCAUCCCCUGGGGGAGAUGAGCUGGGUCUGCCUUCACUGGAAUCCCCAGGGGGAGAAUUCCAGCCAACAGGAGCUGGGGGCAACAGGAUUAAACUCCACAUUUCUUUGGGAUGUGGCAGGAGGGGGGAUGGUGGUGGGAGGCAGAGCCCGAGCAGGGAAGAGUCCAAAUCUGGCUUGAGAGCUGUAGGGAAGCAGAGAAGGGAAAGCUUUGCUUUCCAAGACAAAGUGAUUUGAUUCCCGUUACAAGGAUCCUGUGAAAGCAGGGAAUUAGCCCAAGGAAUCUGGUUGCUCUCUGCAAUGGGAAUGGCCCCUCUGGGAUGGGGGAAGGCAGGAAGCAAGGCUGGCAGUGGGCACAGGAAUGGGUGAUAGCCUGGUGUAUCCACUGGGAAGAGGGCAAAGGAGGGAUUCCGUGGGCAGGCAGCUCCUGAAAGGAGUGCCAGUUUUCAGGGAACCAAAGGGUUGGUGCUUCUGCUUUCCAAGUGUUUGAAAAGCCACUUCUGUUUCUUUUUUUAUCCUAAAUGCUCCUGGAAAAUGCGUUUGGGCAAGUGUAGGAGAAGGUCAGUGGGAGCCCAGCACUGCAGAAAGGGUGGGAUAAAUGCUCCAGAAUUAGUCAGUGAUUAGGCAGGAAAUCAAAGGGAAAGUCUGGGAAUAUGGUUUGAAUUCUGAAAGUCUUUUUGAGAGGGGAAUACAAUUCUACCCUCUCCUAGAACACGACACCAGAAAACAUCCAGGGGGAAACUUCAGCUCCAGUGAUGGGAAUCCUGAUUUCCACAGGAAAACAGGGAGGGCUGUGGGAGGAAAUCACUCAGAGAGAGGAAAUAAAAACCCGGAGCCUUUUUUUUUUGCCAUUGAACAGUUAUUUUUCUCUCUUUUUUUUUUUAAUAAAGUCCUUAUAAAUAUGUACAAAGAGUCUCAGCAUACGAAAUUCCUUUUACAAAAGAGAGAAGCCCCUUCCAAGCAGGACCAGGAGCCUCCAGGGGCUCUGCUCCUGCCUUGGGGAGGUGGAAACCUGCACAGUGACUCUGCUGGAGUUACACCCCCCUGCCUGUCAUCCCUGUCAUUCCCUUAGCAUUGGACCUGGGAGAGAGACUGGGAAGUUCUGCAGUGUCCUAAGGAUCGAUGAUGGGAAGGGUUUUGUGGUGAGCUGGUGUUUGAAUUGACUGGAAAGGUGAUGCUGGAAACACCCAUGGAAUUAAACCCCCCUGAGCUGGGUUUGCUCUGCUGAGGAGCCACUUGGAAGUGAUGGUGUAACUAAUCCAGGGUGUAACUAAUCAAGGGUGUAACCAAUAAUGGGUGUCAUUAAUAAAGGCCAUUUAACACCCAGAAGCUUUCAGUGAAUAUUUAUCACGCUCCAAAGUCACUUUGUGUAAAUAUUAAACCUCUCAGGGAACUCGAGCCCUCGGGUUUUCCUGCCCAGUGAGGUUGGAUCAGUCACACCAGAAUUCCCUCCUGUGUUCAAAUAAAUAUUGUCAGGAAAAAAAAGA